UUGCGAUCUCAGAGCGCCGUCGGGGAGCGAGCGCGGAGCCGGAUGUGAGCGGAGCGGCCACUUCCUGUUUCCUUGCCCCUCGCGCUUUGGGUGGUGGCCGCUGCCUCGUCGUUGAGAACCGUUUCUCUCCCCCCACCCCCAGUUUAAAACACAAGAGGAAAAAAGCGGGGGCAGCCGCGAUCCUCCCCUUUUCCCUCCUUCGCGUGACGAAACUUCGCGGGGGCUCCUCGGAGGAGGCCCCGAGAACCGGCCCGAAGCAGCAGCAGGAGCGGCCGCCGCCCCGAUGCAGGCCAUCAAGUGUGUGGUGGUGGGAGACGGAGCUGUAGGUAAAACAUGCCUACUCAUCAGUUACACGACCAAUGCGUUUCCUGGAGAAUACAUACCCACUGUCUUCGACAAUUAUUCUGCCAAUGUGAUGGUUGAUGGGAAACCAGUCAACCUGGGCUUAUGGGAUACAGCUGGACAAGAGGACUAUGACAGAUUGCGGCCGCUAUCCUACCCACAGACUGACGUGUUCUUAAUUUGCUUCUCUCUCGUGAGCCCCGCGUCCUUUGAAAACGUUCGUGCAAAGUGGUAUCCUGAAGUGCGGCACCAUUGCCCCAACACUCCCAUCAUUCUCGUGGGCACCAAACUAGAUCUCCGAGAUGACAAAGACACCAUUGAGAAACUGAAGGAGAAGAAGCUGACUCCCAUCACUUACCCACAAGGCCUUGCCAUGGCGAAGGAGAUUGGUGCAGUGAAAUACCUUGAAUGCUCAGCACUCACGCAGCGAGGCCUCAAGACAGUCUUUGAUGAAGCGAUCCGAGCGGUCCUCUGCCCUCCUCCCGUAAAGAAGAGGAAGAGAAAGUGCCUGCUGGUGUAAUGUCACUGCCCCCUUUCCCAUCCCCACCCCCCACCCCAAACCUCCUGUGCUUUGCUCAGAUCAAUGGAGCAUUCACAUCAAUGCCAAGUCUUCUGUUAAAAAAAAAAUUAGUUCUCUUCCAUUACUUUUUUUGUUGAACCAAUCAUCAAUUUCACGUUCCCCUUUGGCUAAAGGGUUAGAUUCCCCCCCCCCUUCUAUUGAAGUGAUCCUAAAAAACAAAGACAAACCUAUUUGAAAGCCUUAUUCCCCCCCCCCAAAAAAAGUCUCGUUGCUCAGAUUAAUCACAUGUUGCCAAAUUAUCUGCUGAUCUCUAUUGCAUUACUGUGCUUUGUCUACAGAGCACCAGACCUGUUUUUUUAAAAAGCAAACAGACAUCUGUGGGGUUAGAAACUGCAAAACUGUAUAGUCCUGUUUUCUCGCAGAUAAUUAAGUCUUUAGGAAAAUGGCUGCUCUUUAAAACUUCCAUCCAGCGGACGGUCAUCACGUAGCAUCCUCUGUCGAGCCUGGGAAAAAAAUGCCGUGACAGACAGCCCACGGGAGUUCCCUUCUUCAGAAACACUUCCCUGCCCGUUAGGGACUGAUGCUCUUUGUGAAAUGUAUUUACUUCCUUGACAGCAGUAUAUAACGUGGGAGGGGGUGCGUUGAUCGAGUGAGGUUGCCGGACAGUAUUUUGACUCUUGCGUACCGAUCAUUUUACACUACAAAAUAGUUGAAUAGAUUUUCUGUUGUGCGGCGGAGGAAAAACCGUAAAACGUCUUGACCACGGCGUAGUAGCUGAGGGUAGGUCGCUAUUUCCCCUCCUCUGCGUUUGUCAGUAGGGCAUUCGUGUACUGCCCCUUCAGACUGGUCGUUUUCCCCACCCACUGGUUUUCACUAGCGGCUUUUUGUUGUAGAAUCUCUUCCUACUGAACAGUAUAACUUGUAUCUUUAAAAUUUUCUGAUUAUAUUUGCUUUUUUUUUUUUUGAGGUAGGUUAGAACAUUCAAGCAUAGCCUUGUUUUUUCCCACCCGGCUUUCUUUUCUGCCCCAGUAUUAUACAUGCUUUUGAGAAGCUUCUUUAGUCUUUAAGUGACAUUGGUGUAAAAAUCAUAUGCAGCAGCUAUACUGGUUCUAGUAAUUCUUUUUUUAUAUACUUUGCCACCUUAAUUACCUUUCUUAAACGUCACCAUUUGCCAGGUACCCUGACACCGUAACCAUAACUAAUUCCGAUGCUGACCUUUUUAACGUCACUACGAAACGCAUACAUCCCGUUUGACCUAGUAACAGUCGCUGGGUCUGCAAGGUUCUGUAACCAAGUGCUAACACCGUUCUGUACAUCCCAAACGCUGGCUGGAACACUACCGUGCACUACAACCUUUCAAGUACUAGAACAAAAAAAAAUCUAUGGAGUUUGCAAGAUUGUGAAAUUUUUACAUUUGAUCUUUUUUGGUAAUGCAAUUUAGCAGUAUGUUUUGCAUGUAUGACUUAAUAAAUUCUUGAAUCGUU